GCGUCUCCCAUACACCGAGAGGACGAAUGCUUCGCAAGCUGGCCCUCAUCUCUGCUGUCAUGGCGGUCCUCGCGCCGCCAGCCUUGGCCGUCGGGUGCUUGGAAGACUUGUACAUCUGCCCCAAUGGCCAGGGCGUUGGGCGUGACCCUGCCAACAACUGCAAGUUCUUUCCAUGCCGAGACGCCGAGGCCCGCCCGCAUACCCCUGCCCCCGUCAUCGCGCCGACUGCAACACCCGUGCCCGUUGCGGCGCCACUGCCAAGUGCUGUCGGUACCUCUGCAGCGCCGACGUCAGCUCCCAGCAACAUGACAGUGCACAAGGGCAUUCGCGCAGGUGUCGAUCACGGUUCCAACUGGACCGCCAUCGACGCGUCGAUGCCGCACGCGCUAUCGCAGCUGCUGAAUGCGUCCUUCGACAAUUACCACAAUGCCUGUGCCCCGCUCAACGUCACGGUGACGGCAGCAGAGAAGGCGCCUGCCAACGACUCCACAGCGCUUUACCACUUGGCGAUGGACGUCAAUUGCUCCGGCACAGAUCACGUCUUCGUACUCGAAGUGACGCAAGAUGCCGAGGGCCUCUACUUGAGCCAGUGCGGUCACCGCGAGAAUGGUACGACGCGCAACUGGCUGACGAUCGAGAAUCAAGUGACCAAGUGCCAGACGCCGGCCCAGCGCUCGACCUUCUUGAACCAGCCCUUCAACCACGUGACGCACGACGCCGCCGAGACGUCGCUCAUGCAAAACAUGCAGGCAUUCCUCAAGGCGCCCAACGUUCCCGUGCUUGGUGCCGCAGUCAUCGCUGUUAUUGCGGUGCUUGCGUUCGCUGUGUUUGUCGUCCACCGAACCCGCCGUCGCGAAACCAAUGACCGAUCUGUUCUUGCAGAGGUCGAAGAAGCUCAUGAAGAGCACAAGCGCAAGGCUGCUGCUGACGAAGACGCGCCAGCGCCGACGACAAACCCGCUUGAAAGCACGACUGCUGCGCCUCGCAAAGCCAGCGACGACCUCGAAGACGGCGUCCUGUCGUCCGUAAAGCUCUGAACAUUGCUCGGCGUUUGU